UAACAAAUGAUUUUUUCUUCUGAAUAGCUUGGUUAUAUUUUUAUAUUUAUUUUUAGUAUCUUGAAGUCUCAAGACUUACUAUACUUUUUUCUGAACAACAAAUGUGAUUCAUUUAUUCAGAAGUAAAUCUGCCUGGGUAGACUGUAAUACCUUUAUACUGAUUGACUUGGAAUCGGUCACUCCUUCUUCCCAAGUAAUACACACCCUUGUAUCUCCUUCUGGCUGGAGGUAUUAAGGUUGAGAAAUAGAUGAGCCUUUUUUGUACUUUUCCUGACAUAGGCAGCAUUCUUUGUGAAAAUACCCAGCCAACGGUAAAAAGUUCCAUUGAUGGUAGGCAGCUUUUUUGACAGGUUAUUUACUGUUUCUUUCCUUUUUUGGGAGGACCGCAUGCCCAUGGACAGACACACGUCUCAGCUUCUCAACCCUGCCAGAGCCAAACUUCAUUGUUACUAAUACUCCUUUUUGCCCAGCAUUAAAUUUAUGGAUGUGUAGGUGUUUAUAAUGAUUCAGUCUUGCUUUUGAUACUUAAAAAGGCACCAAAGGAUUUGUGAAGUAGGCCUCUCCGUAGAAUACUGGGAGUCUGUAUACAUUGGACUAUGUGUAGUCGGCAUUUGUUAUUUGUUUUCCCUCUCACUUACCAAGGAUCAGACUCAGAAUACAUAGUGGAAUUUUUAGUUUGUUUUAAAUUUUGGCCAUAGUUUGAGUUAAGACACUUUUCCUAGCUCCUAGCAAAGACUAAUCUGUCAGGAUUAUUACAUUAAAAGGAUGUUUCAUGACAAUAGUCUUCAAAACUUGAGAAGAGAAAACUGAAGUUGAUUGUAAUGUGGGAAGCCUGGACUUUGAUGUAGUAGUUUUCUGCUCACUUUUAUUUAGACACGUGUUCAGGCUAGAAAAAAUGGUGACACUAAAUAAAUCAUAACUGAGGAGAGGCAAGGUGGUUUUUUGUUCUGAUUUGGUUUGCUUUUUUGAUUUGUGGGCAGGGAAAGAAAUAGGGAUAAAGGACAACUAGUAAAAUUGUCUUGUGGGUUUAACUUCCUAAGUGAAAAUAAAAUACCGUUUAGCUCUUUAAAGCUAUAGCAUUUUUCUGCUUUGAAAAUUUCAGACCUUGGUUGGAUUUUGAUGGCAGAAAAUGGAAUAACUCAUUCUAUCCUGUUAUUAACCUAUUGCUCUUGAGCCAAUUCUGACUCAGGUAACCCCAUGUGUUAUAAGAGUAGAACUGCCAACCUUGCAGUUCGCAGCCCAGUGCAGACCAUCCUGGGAUGGCAGAAACAGUUUGUACUUGACUGUUAACCAAAAGGUUGGUAAGUCAAACUUACUCAGCAGUGCCCUGGAAGAAAGGCCUGGCGAUCUGUUUCCAUAAUAGAGUAUAUGCAAGAGAGCCCUGAGGAGCAGUUCUAUUCCAUAUGGAACAGUUUUAGAUUUACUGAAAAUUUGAGUAAAUAGUACAGAGAAUUCACAUAUUACCCCCUCCCCCCCGUUCUUCCUGCUAUUAACGUCUUACAGUGGUGGUGUUAGGUGCCGACUAGUCAGUUGUGACUCAUAGCAACCCCUAUGUACAACAGAAUGAAACACUGCCAGGGCCUGCACCAUCCUCACAAUCAUUGCUGUGCUUGAGCCCAGCAUUGCAGUCACUGUGUCAGUCCAUCUCAUUGAGGGUCUUCUUUUUCGCUGACCCUCUGCCCAAGCAUGAUGUCUCUCUCCAGGGACUGGUCCCUCCUGAUAACAUGUCCAAAGUACAAGAGAUGAGAUCUCAUCAUCUCGGUUCUAAGGACCAUCCUUACUGUACUUCUUCCAAGAUAGAUUUGUUCCUUCUUCUGACAUUACAUGGCAUAGUUAGUAUUCUUUGCCAGCACCGUAAUUCAAAGGCACCAAUUCUCCUUCAGUCUUGCUUAUUCGUUGCCAGCUUUUUCAUGCGUGGGAGGCUACUGAAAAUACCAUGGCGUGGGUCAGGCGCACCUUAGUCCUCAAAGUGACAUCUUUGCUUUUUAAUGCUUUAAAGAGGUCUUUUGCAGCAGAUUUGCCCAAUGCAAUACGUCAUUUGAUUUUUUGACUGCUGCUUCCAUAGGCGUUGAUUGUGGAUCCAAGUAAAAUGAAAUCCUUGACAACUUCAAUAUUUUCUCCAUUUAUCAUGAUGUUGCUUAUUGGUCCAGUUGUGAGGAUUUUUUUUUUCUUUUUAAUGUUGAGGUGUAAGCUAUACAGAAGGCUGUAGUUUUUGAUCUUCAUCAGUAAGUGCUUCAAGUCCUCUUUGCUUCCUGCAAGCAAGGUUGUGUCAUCUGUGUAUUGUAGGUUAUUAAUAAGUCUUCCUCCAAUCCUGAUGCCCUGUUCUUCUUCGUAUAGUCCAGCUUCUUGGAUUAUUUGUUCAGCAUACAGAUUGAAUAAGUACGGUGAAAAGGCACAACCUUGAGGCAGCCCUUUCCUGAUUUUAAACCAUGCAGUAUCCCUUUGUUCUGUUCAAAGACUGCCUCCUGGUCUAUGUCCAGGUUCCUCAUGAGCGCAGUUAAGUGUUCUGGAAUUCUCAUUCUUCCCAAAGUUAUCCAUAAUUUGUUAUGAUCCAUGUGGUCGAAUGCUUUUACAUAAACAUGUUUCUGGUAUUUUCUGCGUUCAGUCAAGAUCCAUCUGACAUAAUUAAUAUGGUAUACUUACUAAAGUUAAUGAACCAAUAUGGAUACACUGUUACUAACUGAAGUCCAUAGUUUAGUCAGAUUUCCUUACUUUUUACCUAAUGUCUUUUCUACUGCAGGAUUCCAGCCAGCAUAGUGCAUUACAUUUAGUUGUCAUGUCUCCUUAGGCUCCACGGCUCCACUUGACUGUGACGGUUUUUAGACUUUCCUUUAUUUUGAUGAUCUUGGCAGUUUUUGGCGAGAACUGAUCAGGUACAUUAUAGGAUGACAUCUAUUUGAAUUUGUUGUGUGUGCGUAUUUUUUCCCCAUGAUUAGACUGGGGUUGUAGGUUUUGGGGAGGGAGGUCACAGAGGUAAAGUGCCAUUUUCAUCAUUUCAUAUCAAGAUUUAAUACUGUCAACAUGAUUUAUGACUGUUGAUGUUGACCUUGAUUACCUGACUGAAGUAGUGUUGGUCAUUUUCUCUACUGUAAAAUUUUUCUUCCCUGACCCCUUUCUGUACUGUAUUUUUUGGCUAGAAGUCACUAUAUGCAGCCCAUACUUGAGUGGGGAGCUAUGUUCCCCCUCCUUUAGGGUGGAAUAUCUAUGUAACUUAUUUGGAAUUUGUCCACCCAAGAGAAUUGUCUCGUCUCAUUUUCUCAUUUGUUCAGUCAUUUGUUUUUAUCAGUAUAGACCCGUGGAUAUUUAUUUUUUACUUUGAAUUAUAAUCUAACACUUUUUUGUGCUCCAGUUGUUCCAGUUUGGGCCAUUGAGAGCUCUUUCAGUUGGCCUCUGUGCUGUUUAGACAUGCUCCCAUCAAUAUGUAUUUUUUCGUUUUUUGAGCACUUCCUUACUUUCUGGUGCUACAGGAUGCUUCAGGCUCAUCUUGUGUAUUUCCUGACCUAGUACUAGAAGCAGCCAUUUCUCUAAGGGCCCUGGAUCCUUUUAUUGGAGGGUAGUAUUAGGAACCACGAUCUGGGCUCUCAGUGAAGUGGCCGCUAAUAGGGUGUUGUUUCUUUUAGGUUCUCUCAGCUGACAGAAUAAAGAAACACUAGGUGAUGCAGAUGGUCUCCGCUCAACUGUUUACCUAAAGCUUGGUGCUUUGAACCCACCCUGCAGUACUGUGGAAGAUAGGCUGGGUGAUUUGCUUCCAUUAAGAUUACAGCCAAGAAGACCCUAUGGAGCAGUUCUACUCUGUAACACGUGGGGUCACCAAGUUGAAUUCUACUCAGUGGCAACUAACAACAACAUCCUAACCCUGUAUAUACACAUUUAUGUACAUAUAUCUGUCUGUACUAAGUUAAACAUGGGUUCUUACUGAUGUCUCCAACUCUACGCCAUUAUCACAUGUAUCAUUCUAGCCUCCCCUCCUUGUGAUUUGUAAAUUUCCACUCCAGUAGUGAGAAACUUGACUCCCCAUCUGUGUCAUCCAUUUACUUAAUUGUUCAAUUCCAGUAUACAUGUGUAAAGCAUCAGAAUUGUUACUCUGUGCUUUUUGGGGGAACAACUGUAUUGACAAGGGCAUAGUAUUUAUAUGCAGUUCCUUUUGCCUUUAGCUUUGCAGACUUCAUUCAUUUUCAAAGUUGCUUGGGUUUGCACCUUUUCCCUCAGCUGCUUUAUAGGGGGGUUGUUUCAUAUAUUUGUAAUACAGUUAGAUUCUCUUGUCAUAAUCUAUUCUUUCCUGGGAUACCCCCAAGUUCUUAACUAAUUUUUCUUUUUAAUUUGCAUACACUAAGGUUCACUCUUUGUGUUGUGAAGUCCUAUAGGUUUUGACAAAUGCAUAAUGUCAUGUAUCCAUUGUUAUAAUAUCUUACAGAAUAGUUUCACUGCUCUAAAAAUUCCCUUAGCUGUAUCUAUUCACCCUUCCCUUCCCUUCCCCACAAACCCCUGGCAACCACUGAUCUUUUUACUGUUUGUAGCUUUGCCUUUUCCAGGAUGUCAUGUGAUUGGAAUCAUACAGUAUGUAGCCUUUUCAAACUGACUUCUUUCACUUAGCAGUAUGCAUUUACAGUUCCUUCGUGUCUUUUUGUGGCUUGAUUGAUAGCUUAUUUCUUUUAUAGCUAAAUAGUAUUCCAUUGUAUAUCUGAUCUUUUGCUCCUCCUAGGAAUGAAGAUGCUUAGCAAGAGACAGUACUUCUCAGCCCUCUCACAGCUAGGUGUGGCCAUCACCAGUGGAAUGAACGGCGUGAAUGUUGAGGGGGCGACUCACAAGCAGGUGGUGGACCUGAUCCGAGCAGGCGAGAAGGAAUUGAUCUUGACAGUGUUAUCUGUACCUCCUCAUGAGGCGGAUAACCUAGAUCCCAGUGACGACUCGUUGGGACAAUCAUUUUAUGAUUACACAGAAAAGCAAGCAGUGCCCAUAUCGGUCCCCACAUACAAACAUGUGGAGCAGAAUGGUGAGAAGUUUGUGGUAUACAAUGUUUACAUGGCAGGGAGGCAGCUGUGUUCUAAGCGGUACCGAGAGUUUGCCAUCCUACACCAGAACCUGAAGAGAGAGUUUGCCAACUUUACAUUUCCCCGACUUCCAGGGAAAUGGCCAUUCUCAUUAUCAGAACAGCAAUUAGAUGCCCGACGUCGUGGGUUGGAAGAAUAUCUAGAAAAAGUGUGUUCAAUACGAGUCAUUGGUGAGAGCGACAUCAUGCAGGAAUUUCUAUCAGAAUCAGAUGAGAACUACAAUGGUGUGUCCGACGUAGAGCUGAGAGUAGCAUUACCAGAUGGAACAACAGUUACAGUCAGGGUUAAAAAGAACAGUACUACAGACCAAGUCUAUCAGGCUAUUGCAGCAAAGGUUGGCAUGGACAGUACAACGGUGAAUUACUUUGCUUUAUUUGAAGUGAUCAAUCAUUCCUUUGUACGUAAGCUGGCACCUAAUGAAUUUCCUCACAAACUCUACGUCCAGAAUUAUACAUCAGCUGUGCCAGGCACCUGCCUGACCAUUCGGAAGUGGCUUUUUACAACAGAAGAAGAAAUCCUCUUAAAUGACAAUGACCUUGCAGUUACCUACUUCUUUCAUCAGGCUGUCGAUGAUGUGAAGAAAGGUUAUAUCAAAGCAGAGGAAAAGUCCUACCAGUUACAGAAGCUGUAUGAACAAAGGAAAAUGGUCAUGUACCUCAAUAUGCUAAGGACUUGUGAGGGCUACAAUGAAAUCAUCUUCCCCCACUGUGCCUGUGAUUCCAGGAGGAAGGGGCACGUCAUCACAGCCAUCAGCAUCACGCACUUUAAACUGCAUGCCUGCACUGAAGAAGGACAGCUGGAGAACCAGGUCAUAGCAUUUGAAUGGGAUGAGAUGCAGCGAUGGGAUACAGAUGAAGAAGGAAUGGCCUUCUGUUUUGAAUACGCACGAGGAGAGAAGAAGCCCCGAUGGGUUAAAAUCUUCACACCAUACUUCAAUUACAUGCAUGAAUGCUUCGAGAGGGUGUUCUGCGAGCUCAAGUGGAGAAAAGAGAACAUUUUCCAGAUGGCGAGGUCACAGCAGAGGGAUGUGGCCACCUAGCCUUUCCUUAUUAUCCUUUCCCUCCUCCUCACCCCCAUCCGCUUAUCCCUGUUGUCUCCCAUGUCAGACAGAGUAACCAUUAACACAAAAGAAGAGAAAAAGGAAAAAAGUCAUUAUAUUCAAAAUCCCUAAACUAAAUAUUAAUAGCCCCCUCUGAAUUUCAUGUUUCUGGAAUUGAGCUGGUAGAGAACAACAGAUUGGUCAGCACCAGGAGUCAACUGUGUUAAGAUGGGAAAAGAAAUAAGCCCAACCAACUUGCCAAAGGUAUCUUUGUCCUUUCACCCAGGCCUCAUACCAACAGACUCUCCUUGUACUAUAUUUUUAAAACUGGAACUAUGAACUCCAUCCAUUUGCACUGUUCAGACAUAUAUAUGUAUGUAUGUAAAAAUUAUAUAUACACAAAUUAGCUGCACGUAUAUACAUAUAUAUAUAUUUCUUUUUAAAUUUCAUAUUGAUGGCAGCACCUUUUUUAGCUUGUGUUUUUACACACCUUUCAGUAGGAUUCAUGACCUCGCUCUUGCUCUCUUUAUUUUGAAACAAACUUUAAAAAGGAAAAAAAAAAAAAAAAACAAGAAAA